GAGAAGGAGAGGAAAAAAGAGGAGGAAAAAGUGGAGAAGCGAGAAAAGAAGGGUGAGAAAGGAGUGAAGGAGAGGAUAAAAGAGGAGGAGGAGGUGGUGGUAGAAAACAGGACGUUACCGGCUGUCAAAAAGGAGGAACAGGAUCAUCCGCCUCUCUCGUCUCAGCCCGCGCUCUCAGUGGACUCGAGCAGUGCGAGAGACAAAGAGGUGGAGAAAGAGAGGGCCAAAGAAGGAGGGAAGUCUAAACAACAGGAUUCACCUCCUGCUAAGGUGAAAGUAGAACCCCCUGCGCCUCCUCUUUGCAAGAAUAAAUCACCGUCACCUCUCUCUCCUGCCCCUCAUCCUCCUCAUCAGGACACAAAACCCAAAGCAUCAAAGCACCUUCAUCAUCGCCACCAUCACCAUCAUUCGGACAGCAGAGUGAAGUCUUCCUCCUCUUCAGCUCCUAAAUCACCCGCCUCUAAGUCUUCCUCUUCUUCAGCUGUUCGCUCCUCUUCUGCUGCUCCCUCUCUGUCCUCUACCUUUUCUCCGUCUCCUGCUCUGUCCCCCUCCGUGUCAGCAACUGCAUCAUCUACUAGUACUCCUCCCAAGCCUGCUGCAGACUUCUCUCUCCCUCCUUCCACUGUCUCUUCGACUUCCCGUCUGCCUUCCUCCUCUCCGUCAGACCGGCCAAAAGACAAAGACUCGCCUUGCCUGAAGCCAGACGUCCCCUCGGACACACGGACACAAGAGGUUAGAGCGCCACACAGGUCACCAUCUGCGGAUUUACAAACCUCUACGAGCUCACAAGCCGACACACGGACAUACGCUCAAACGGCGACAGACUCACGGACACAAACACUCCAAGAGAGAUGGACUCACAGUGCCGACUCCAGGACGGAUCCACAGAUGCAUCCGCCACAGGACGCUGCGAGGCAAGGAAUUUACAUGCAGCAAUACGCACCCCAGCAUCUCCCGCCGCCUCCUCACCUCCCUCACAUGCUUCCCCCAUCUUUCUCCCCUCUCCUGCCACACUCCCAUCUCCCUCACAGACCUCCAGUCCUCCCCCCAAAUCCGCUACCCAGUCCGCCUCUCCCCACACAGCAACCUCUGAACUCUUACCUCAGUCAGAAAGCGCCGCCACAUUCGGUCCACAUGAGUCAUCUGCAUCACCAACCGAACAUCACCGCGCAGUCUCAGUCGUACUACCAGCCUCCGCUCAUCGCCGCCCCGCGUCAACCAAACACUCCCCUCACCAGCGCCCAGUCUCUCCCCCCUCACCUCUCGCCCCAUCAGUUCGCCCCCCACGCCAACACCUUCUUCCCGCCUCAGCAUCCCCACUUCUCCCCGCACCCGUUCCUCCCCCCUCAGUCUUACCUCUCCCAACCGCCAGGCUCGUACCCGCUGCAACCGCCAUACCAGUCUUUCCCUCACCCGCCUCCUCCUCCUUCCUCUUCGCCGCCUCCCCCUCCUCCUUCUCUUCCGCCUCCUCCUCCCCCUCAGCCUUCCCCGUCUGUCCUCCCCUCUCCCCCAGAAGCAUGAAGAGGAAGAGGAGCAGAAAUAGAUUUUAUAGUUUUUUUGUACAUAAUGAUGCCGUUUUUAAAUGUUUUAUUUUGGUCGUGUUGUGAAACGAUGUAAAAAGGAAAUAACGAGGAUGUAUCGGUAUGAACACGGUGUGGUAGUUUAUGAAGCAGAGUCGGACUUUAUUCACCCCAGACCUCUUUACUGGGCUGGUUUAGAUUGUACUCUUUAGUUGUACUCAGAAGUACUGAGAGUUGAUUGCAUUUAUUGAUAGUUUUGGCCUUCGGUCAUGUGUGGCUACACUAUUCAGGCUCAAGGUUUGAACGAGCUCCCUCGUCUGCCAAACUGCUGUCUCGUUCUUUUGUUUGAAGUGAGCUCUCAAAAGUAGGAAGGAAAGAAGAUAUUUACAUAAAAAGGUCCAGAUGACGACCUUUUUGUGAAACUUGCAGCUAAUGCUUCCAUUUUUGUGGCUUUUUUUCUAGUAUAUUCUAUGUGCCCAAGACUGUUUCUGGAAUAAUGAUGGGUCAAAUUGUGAUAUUAUACAGUACUUUGUUGUAUUGAUGUAAUAUUGCUACAUUUCCUCCACAAUAUUGUAUCGAUACAUCUUAUUUAAUACAAUGUAUCGCAGUAUGUUUCCCUGAUAUUGUAUUAUGAGCAAUAAUGCUCCGCAAUAAUCUGCUGAAUAUAAUUGCAUUUCCCCAUUAUUGUGGUAGGGUGACGGCACUUAUCAGUAUUUUUAUUCUGAUUUCUAAGCUAUUGAUAAAGAGACAUUAAUGUCCUGUUGAA